GACACAUUUUUAUUGUGUGGAAUGUGCUGUUACUCGAGUUUCACUUUUAUAGUGGUGGAAUCAUGUAUGAAUCCUGUUUGGGGGCCUGGUCUGCUCAGAGUUAUUCACAUAAAGCCCCUGUGUUCCUGGAACAGCCUACACACUCUGGCCAGAUCACCACUGCACUGUGUGAGCUUUGCUUUUACACACAGCUUCUGGAUUGCAGUCCAAAAUGAUUCUGGCAGUUUUGUUCAGCGUCGUGUUGUGGACACACUGUCUCCACUACACUGAUGUUCAGCCACAGCAGGGUUUUGAUGUGGAGCAGUUUUCAGGCUCCUGGUACCGUGUUGGCAUGGCUUACGAAUCUCCAUCAUUUAUUAAAUACAAAGACAGAGCGCUGAUCUCCAAGGGUUUCGUGGUUGCUAAUGAAAACGGCAGUGCCAACCUCUCCAUGUGGACUAUGACUGAGCCAAAGAUCUGCUUGAGCAAUUUUUAUAUAUAUGAGAAGACAGAUGUUCCUGGACUGUUCACAUAUUUCAGCCGACGACACAAGAUGAUGAAAGACAUCACAGUGGUGGAGGCCAACUACACUGAUUAUGCUAUGGUCCUAAAAUACAGGAAGAUGGACAAAGAGUACACUCAAGUAGCUCUCUAUGGUCGAACCCCAACUCUCGGGCCGGAGGUGGUAGAAAAAUUUAGAUCAUAUGCUUUGUCUUUAGGCUUUUCUCCGGAGUCCAUCGUAACACCAGUUAUUCUGGAUCCAUGUCCUAUUCCAGAACCUCCUACUUCCAGACCUCCUUCCAACUUAACAGAAGAGCCAGUGUAGCGUCACAGUAUGGUUCAAGACUUGGAUUAGUCUUGUUUCUUCAUGUCCAGAUGUGAUGCAGAUGUUUGCGAGAAGUUCAUACUUACAUUAUCUAUUGUUUUAUUAUCGUUUACCCCCUAUGACGUCUAAUGUUUCUCAGCAUGUACAGUAAAGAGACUUCAUACUGAAGUCAUUGUAAAAUGCCAUUUUCUGUUAACUUUCCUGGAUCUACUGUUUUGCUCUAAUUUGAUUACUGUUCUGGCUUUAAUAGUAAAGGUUAUACAUCAUGCUUCAUUCUUGCCAGCAGAGGGCACUGCUGUUAAACUCUUAUGACACUCAUUUCACUCUGUCAAACAAGCUCAGCUCUUCUGGACAGUCUUGAUCACAUCAAUCAUCACUAGAGGUGUGUGGAAUUUAGCUGUGUGAAUCACGUGUGUCAGGGUUAAUAUGUGUAUGUGCAGUUAAUUUAAGUCUGUAAAAGUCAGACGCACUCGUCAUUCUGAAAUAAAGUGAAACCUAAAUUUUAACCUAAA